CUACCCUCACCCAGCUCUGAUUCCCACUCCCAGCUAUGGCACUUGGCUGCCCCCAUUAUCAACCCGCCGCCACCUCCCUCCCAACAGUUACUCAUCAGCUCAUCAGUGACUUGGUGUUAGUCACUAUAUCCGCUUUCCCUGGACCCUGCACUCACUAUAUCCGCUCUCCCCGGACCCUGCAGUCACUAUAUCCGCUCUCCCCGGCCCCUGCGUUCACUAUAUCCGCUCUCCCCGGCCCCUGCGUUCACUAUAUCCGCUCUCCCCGGACCCUGCGUUCACUAUAUCCGCUCUCCCCGGACCCUGCGGUCACUAUAUCCGCUCUCCCCCCCGGACCCUGCAGUCACUAUAUCCGCUCUCCCCGGACCCUGCGUUCGCUAUAUCCGCUCUCCCCGGACCCUGCGCUCGCUAUAUCCGCUCUCCCCGGCCCCUGCGUUCGCUAUAUCCGCUCUCCC